AACAUUCUUAUGGAGAGUAGAACUGUGGCCUUGUGGUAUCGAGUGAACACUCCCUCCUAAAUAUUUAUACACAUCGACCUGCAAUUACUGAGUCGUCAAUUGCCUAUCCUUGUUCCCGUAUUGAAACCACCAGGAGACGAGUGAAGGAUGUUGCUGUCUAUCCCAGAGCUGGUGUUCACCUUGAGUUGUAUAUUGAUGCAAGGAGGUCGGCUACACGUCAAGGCAGAAAAUAUCAUGCUCAACAAAUUAAGUAUCCUAAGCACCACUUACACUUCCUACCCCAAUCAUGGAGGCAGUGGUGGUGUUGCUUACCACUCUCCCUAUGCCAAUGAUGGAAGCCAGAACAAUUGGCCAGCGAGAAGUAAUUAUCAGAAAGGCCCGUUCUGGCAGGGAGACCUGCAAGGUUUCUACAUCGUACACAACAUCUCUGUCAUAAGUGACACCUUUGGUUAUGCUCCAGAGCUCCGUGGUGCAUACAUUGGUGUAUCGUCAGUAGACGUUGGUUGCCCGGAUGAUGACGUGAUCUGGUGUGGUCAAUGGCCGCCAGAUACGUUAACCGGAGUAACCUUGACCUUCAACUGUACCCAUGAGCAGCCUGUGAGAUUUGUGAGGGUAUGGAGAAACAUCACAGGCUACCUGGCUGUACAGGAAGUGGAGGUGGAGGGCACUCCAAGAAGAAAAAACGCUGCUAAGUACGACAAGAGUCUGAACAAGAAGCUGACCACACCCGCGACCUCAGUGAAAGCCAUAUCAGCCAAUGACUGUGGUAUCCAGUGUCACAAGACCCAACCUUGCCUCGGUUUCAGCUACAAUCCAUCUGGCGAUCCACCCUGUCUCUUGGCACCAUCUACAGCAACGACAACAGCCACCGGCUGGGUUAGCUACGCCAUAUCUACCUGCUCCCACAACAUCACGUGUGAUCUGACAGAUCAGUUCAAAUAAUGGGGGUUAUUUACGUGAGUCUGCAGUGCCAGUAUCUAAGAGUCUAUCACAAUAUAUCAGUACAUUCUGGUAGAACUGUAGGAAAGAUCUGUCUGUCAAAGUAGAAAUAUCGAUUCACAAAUAGACGUAAUGCCAUGUAAUAUAUGAUUUCAGAAAGCACAGACUUUACUAUCCUACAAAUUAGUCUCGUAAAUGCUUUCGGAGGAAAGCAUUCAUUCAAUCACACUCCCAGACAAAGUGCCAUAAGAAGAAAAACAGAUGCGUAAUGUUUGUGAAAAAUCACGUCAACACCUUCUCUUCUAAUGAUACUUCAAUUUCACAUCCUUUUUACCAAUGACAAGUGAUAUUUCUUCAACAGAGAGGAUUUCGACCAAACUGAGUUGUUUGGGGCUGUUAUGCAAACAUUUGGAACAAUACAGCUGAAAGUGUUACAAUAAUAUCCUACUCUUACAUUCUAUAACCCUGCAGUAAGGGACUGCAAACAUCCUUGUAAAGUAAACUAGCUGACUGAGUGAAGCUGAAUUUUACAUGAUGUUUCUCGACGUGAUGACAUCUUGUUUUGUUUCUUAUGGAUUUCAUGGUGAUACUUUAAAACAUUUUAAUAUACCAUGUCCUCCCUAUAAGGACUACUUGGUUUAAGAGUAUACAUUUAAUUGUUGGUUAUAAGUUCAUUUGGAAACAUUGUUUUUCAUGUGUGCUGAUGUAUUUGACCUUCUUGUUUGUUAUUGGCAAUUGAGCCAUGUUGGCUGUCUUUGUCCUGUCUUUCUUCAUAUAGUGCUGUAAUUAUAGAAGGUUCUGUAGAUACAUUAUCUUGAUGUGUCUGAAGAAUCAAAACGUUUAAAUAUUUAAUCUUAAUUACGAAACUAGGCAGAUCAUGACACCGAUUCUUCUUUGUCUCCAUAUUUAUUCUGUAUUGAUAACACCUUUUUAUUCACAUACCAGUUUAACAUUCGAUAUUUUGAACCAAACUUCUUGUUUACUGAAUAUGCCAACGUCUCAAUGACGCUCCUGACACAAGCUGAAGUGAUGAUGACGUCAACUAUGUAAUACACAAGAAGCUAUCAUCCAUAAAAUUAAUAUUUUUUUUCUUGAAUGGCAAAACAUAGUUUGAAAAUAUAUUCAUUACAUUUGUUGAAGGAUUUGAUUUUAUGAGUGUGUAUUUUUGUAUGUGUUUUUUUCUAAUAUGUAUUUGCAAACCCCAAUACCCAACUUUCAAUAAUAUAACUAAUAUCCGUGAAUGUACAUUUACUAACAUAUGGCUUAUUGAGUAGAAUAGGCCUUGGCAAAGAAUUAGCAUUCCUACCAUUAAUUAACUUUUCAUGACAAUUGCUGAAGAGCCAUUAGUUUGAUUUAUUGUAUUUGUGUCACUUUGUAUGGACUUUACUUUGGAAGCCGUCAGUGUAACUGUAACCUGUAGACUCAGUAAUGCUACAUUCACUUUGCUUCAAUGUUUCACAUGGCUCUCAGUCUGUAUUCAAUCCUUGUUUUCUUUUUUAUUUAGUCAAAUAAAACGUUACGCUGUAU